UCGAGUUCAUUUUCCUUGAGCCCUUAGCGGCGAUGGACAUUGAGGCCGUAGCUCAAGAGAGACAACCGACCCCACCAGCUCAAGGGUUGAGGUGGGUCCGAACAUGCCUCGAGAAGUCUAAGGACAAGGCGGUCGAUCUCGGGAGGAGCAUCAAGAAGCUCGGACAAGACGACCCGAGAAGAGUGAUCCACUCGCUCAAAGUAGGGCUGGCUUUCACCCUUGUCUCCCUCCUAUACUACGUGAGGCCCUUCUACGACAGUUUCGGGAUUUCUGGAAUCUGGGCUCUGAUGACAGUCAACUUCGUCUUCGAAUUCACCGUUGGUGCCACCAUAAGCAAAGGUCUGAAUAGAGGUUUUGCAACAUUCUCAGCUGGUGCUUUAGGUGUUGGGGCACAGCAUCUAGCAUGUCUUUUUGGAGAGGUGGGAGAGCCCGUUGUCCUGGGGUUCCUCGUUUUCUUGCUAGUUGGAGCAGCCACAUUUACCAGAUUCUUCCCUCGGAUAAAGGCGAGAUACGACUACGGUGUCCUGAUAUUCAUCCUCACGUUCAGCAUGGUGUCUGUCUCGGGUUACCGAGUCGAGAAGCUGCUCGAGCUCGCUCAAGAGAGGCUCUCGACCAUCGUAAUAGGAGGAGCGACCUGCAUAAUCGUGUCUAUUUUCCUUUGCCCGGUCUGGGCCGGCGAAGAUCUUCACAAGCUCAUCUUCAUGCACCUGGAAAAGCUUGCCGUCUUCCUCGAAGGAUUUGGAAGUGAAUAUUUCCAAUCGGUGAAUGAAGAUAAAGCUGUGAUCUCCACAGGUGAGAAGACAUUCCGUCUAGGCUAUAAGAGCAUUCUUACAUCCAAUAACAUGGAAGAAUCAUUGGCAAACUUCGCAAGAUGGGAACCGGGACACGGGCGCUUCCGGUUCGGCCACCCUUGGAAGCAGUACUUGAAGAUCGGAGCGCUCACCCGUCAAUGCACUUACCAAAUCGAAGCUCUCAAUGGCUACCUCAACUCCGACCUCCAAGCGCCCCCGGCGUUUAAGAAGAGAAUUCAGGAACCAUGCAUGAAGAUAACUUUGGAAUCGAGCAAGGCGUUGAGGAUGCUCGGCUCGGACAUUAAACUCAUGACCGAACCUUCCUUGGCAAGCCUCCACCUGUGCAACUCCAAAGUCGCAGUCGACAACCUCAAAAUUCUGCUUAAAACCACAUCGUUGGAGGACGCAGAACUGCUUUCGAUUGUCCCUGCCGCUACCGUCGCUUCCGUAUUGAUUCAAGUGGUGAAACACAUCGAAGAAAUCUACGAAGCCGUCGAUGAGCUUUCCCGCUUAGCAAACUUCAAGAGCGCGGUGAAACCAAAGGUGUCACCGGAGAAACCACAAGCGCAAUCGCUACUACAUCGAGGGGUCGUGAAACCCAUCAUCGAUGUCGGUGGCGAUAAUGGCGAUGUCAUAGUCACGGUGCUUGAUGAUAAAAUUCCAGAGAAUGAGAAUGAUUCUCGGGCGCAUAAUCCUAACCAACACGUUGAAAUUGUAGACAUUGAUCGUGGCUAA